AUGCCCAAGCAUUUUGGAUUAGGUGAAUCUGUCCUGUACCAACUAACAAAGCCUUUGCACGGAAAACAUCAUCAAGUUUAUUUUGACAACUAUUUUACCACUGUUCCAUUAAUGGAAUACCUAUUACAACAUGAAGUCUAUUGUUGUGGAACAAUACGUUCAGACAGGAAAUACUUGCCAAAAAACUUAAAAAGUGAUAAAAUGCUUCAAAGUGGUGACUUUGACUAUGGGGUUUCUGCUGGAAGAUUGGUAUUUUACAAAUGGAAAGAUAACAAGUCUGUGACCAUAUUGUGUAAUUUUCAUGGAACAGAACAUGCAACUGUUUUAAGAACACAGAAAGAUGGAACAAGAAAAGAUUUUAAUUGCCCUAUUUCUGUAAAACAUUACAAUACCUUUAUAGGUGGCGUUGACAUGGUAGAUCAGUUGAUUUCUUCAUAUGGGUUAUCAUGGAAGACCAAAAAAUGGUGGCAUCAGAUCUUUUUUGGUUUGAUUGAAAGGGCAUUGUGUAACUCAUUUAUUGCGUUCAAUAAAAUUACCGGAGCCAAAAUGAAAAGUCUUUUGUAUCGAAGAAUGGUAGCGCAAUCUUUGAUCACUCGUGGGCGUCUUUCAAAAGUAGGACGGCCAUUGAUAUCCUUAACCCUGCAAGGCCCAUUAAAAAAAAGAAAGUCAUUGACUUAUUCUGUAUCCUCAGCAAUUAGAAAAGAAAAUUUAGGCGUUCAUUGGCCAAAAUUUGACAGUAAGCGUGGUCAUUGCGAGGUAUGUGCACAAGAAAAACGAGUAGCUCGUCCGCAUAUAAAAUGUAGUGCUUGUGAAGUAUACUUAUGCUUGAUUGAUAAAAAAAAUUGUUUUGCUGAAUAUCAUGAAUUGUAA